ACUCAAAGACUGCAACUGCGCAUGCGCGCGUGUCAGACGGGACGUAAACAAGCUACAGGAAGUGCAGCUGUUACAUUGAUCAUAGCAGGUGACAUGGAGAGGUGAUGCGUCAUCAGCCAAUCCCAGGGCAUCGUGCUGCAAGGAGCCAAUAGCAGGGCAGCGCAGAGAUGACCGAGUGUUUUCUGCCACCCAGUAGCAGUCCUGUGGAGCAGAGGAGGGCGGAGCAUCCCGGGAGUGUGGCGCGCACCCCGAGCUCUGAAGAGAUCAGCCCUACGAAGUUCCCAGGUCUGUACAGUAGGGGCGACCCCUCGCCCCCUCACGACGGACACCACCAUGAGCCGCCCGACGUGGUGUCCGAUGACGAGAAGGAGCACAACAAGAAGAAGAACAAGUUUAAGAAGAAGGAGAAACGCACUGAGGGAUACGCCGCUUUCCAGGAGGACAGCUCUGCCGAUGAGGCCGAGAGCCCGUCCAAGAUGAAGCGCUCCAAGGGUAUCCACGUCUUCAAGAAGCCCAGUUUCUCCAAGAAGAAAGAAAAGGAUUUCAAAGUGAAGGAGAAGGGACCUAAAGAGGAGAAGGCCAAGGAGAAGAAGUCCAAAGACCUGACAGCUGCGGACGUGGUGAAACAGUGGAAAGAGAAGAAGAAGAAGAAAAAGCCGAGCGCAGAGCCUGAAGCGGUGAUCACGGAGACGACGACCACGACGUUGCGGCCGAUCUUCGGGGCGCCUUUAGUGGAAGCGGUGAGGAGAACAGCGCUGUACGAUGGUAUACAGCUCCCGGCCGUCUUCAGAGAGUGUGUGGACUACAUCGAGAGCUACGGCAUGAAAUGUGAAGGCAUCUAUCGUGUCUCUGGUAUGAAGUCUAAGGUUGACGAGCUGAAAGCGGCGUACGACCGCGAGGAGUGUCCAUGUCUGGAGGAGUAUGAUCCACACACAGUGGCCAGCCUGUUGAAGCAGUACCUGCGCGAGCUGCCCGAUAACCUGCUGGGUAAAGAACUGGUCCUGCGCUUCGACGAGGCCUGCGGGCGGCCCAGCGAGGCGGAGAAACUGCAGGAGUUUCAGAGGCUGCUGGGGGAAGUGCCCUCGGGGAGCAGACUCCUCCUGGCCUGGCUCAUCACUCACAUGGACCACGUCAUCGCCCGCGAAAUCGACACCAAGAUGAACAUCCAGAACAUCUCUAUUGUGCUCAAUCCCACUGUACAGAUCGGGAACCGCGUGCUGUACGUGUUUUUCACGCACGUCCGUGAGCUGUUCGGUGAUGUGCCUCUGAAGCCGGUCGUCCAUCCACUGCGCUGGUCCAAUAUGGCCACCAUGCCGACCCUACCUGAGACCCAGAAGAGCAUUAAAGAGGAGAUCCGCAGACAGGAGUUCCUCUUGAACCGUCUGCACCGGGAUCUGCAGGCCGGUGUGAAGGAUCUGUCCAAGGAGGAGAGACUCUGGGAGGUGCAGCGGAUCGUCACCGCGCUGAAACGCAAACUCCGCGAGGCCAAGAGACAGGAGUGCGAGACUAAAAUCGCACAGGAAAUCGCCAGCCUGUCUAAAGAAGACGUAUCAAAGGAGGAGAUGUCUGAGAACGAGGAGGAAGUCAUUAAUCUUCUCCUGGCUCAGGAGAAUGAGAUCCUAACAGAGCAGGAGGAACUGAUAUCUCUGGAGCAGGUCCUGCGGCGGCAAAUCGCCACAGAGAAAGAAGAAAUUGAACGAUUGCGUGCUGAGAUCGCAGAUAUACAAAGCCGUCAGCAGGGCCGCAGUGAAACGGAGGAGUAUUCAUCAGAUAGCGAGAGCGAGAGUGAGGAUGAAGAGGAACUGCAGAUGAUUCUGGAAGACCUGCAGAAACAGAACGAAGAACUAGAGAAUAAAAACACUCAUCUGAAUCAGGCCAUCCAUGAGGAACAGGAGGCCAUAUUGGAACUGCGUGUCCAGCUCCGCCUUCUUCAGAGUCACAAGCUACAGCAGGAGCUCAUAGCCCCGCCCUCCGCCGAACAGGCCCCGCCCUCCCAGCCCAGCCCAGAGGAGCGAUCUAAAGCGGAUGAACCAAUCAAACGUGUCGCAGCAGUCGCCAUAGAAUCCACUGCUGCUGCAGCUGCCGCCUCAACCAAUGGGAAGCCUGGAAAAGAUGCCAUGAAGCCAUCGCCCAGCAAAGACAAGAGGGAGGCCAACCUGUAAACCAUAUGACCAUCAUGAAACACUUCAGCUGUACUUGUGUUUGCUUAUCACAUGACUUGGGUCAAGGGUCAACAAGGUGAAGUGAGAUUGGCAGAAUACUGGACAGCGGAUAACAGAGGGGACUCAAUCUGUGAAACGUAGGUCAAGAGAGAGACGAGUGUUGGAAUCAUUUCUGGUCAUUAUCUACAAUUGACUGAAAAUGGAUUCUUUUGACGCGUUUAAGUUCGUAUGUGAAGUUGCAGCAGCACAAUCAGAUCUUUGUGAGUGCUCGGAUUUAUUAGAUCUGCCCUUUGACCCGUGCCUAAAUGGACAGGGUGAUUCUCUUUAUUAUUUUUUUUCACAAUCGGUUAUGAGUAUUAGGGGUUUUUGUUUCAAAAAGUGAAUAUUAUCUGUCCAGCUCACGUUGCACCACACAACCCCCCCCAAAACAUUUUUUAUUUAUAUUUUGCAUGAAGAAAAUUACGCUUUUUUAGGACUAUUAAAAUAUAUAUAUAUAUAUACACAUUAAAAAAUUAUUAGCAUGACAAUUAAACACAUUUUCCCAUAAUUCUCAUUACCUUAAUGCAAAUAAAACAUCAAUCUCAUUACUGAAAUGUGAAGAAAAAAUAUAAUAUAUUAUUUACAUUAUAAAAUCACAGUAUUAUUUGUUGUACUGCCUUUGUGCCAAUUUAAAUGUAAGGAAUUGUAUAGUAAUUUAGUUCUUAAUAGUCAUGAAAAUAAUGCUGUAAUGCAAAAAAGAGAGAAAAUCUUAAUUGUCCUUACACUAGUUUGCAUUUUCUUCAUGCAAAAAUAUUUUUCCGUUUCAAUUUGGGUUUAAAUGUAACCUCUGGACAUCUUAUUAUUCACCUCAGCAUUUCAAGAAACUAAAGCCAUGAAAUAUUGAGCAUAAUAGGUUGUUAUGAUGCAGCCUGUGUGCGACAAACAUCCGAAUGACAUGCAACUGCAAUCAUCUUCUUAGACGCCUGGCUUAACAUGCAGGUUUACCUUAUUGGUUAUUAUUAACAAAUGCUUCACUUUAUUUAUGCAGUUUAGUUCAAAUGAGAAAGAAGUAUCCUGGAUGUCUAUUUCCAAUGUGUGGAAAAAGCUGCAGAAAUCCUGGUGGGCUGCCAGUUCUCCUGUUGUAGGUCGAGGUCAGUGAAAAUGAAGUCGUGUGUGUUCUGAAACCACUGUGCCAUAGGUGACUGAAGAAUUACUCUGAAGACAUUGUUAUGCAACCAGAUUGUAUUUUUACCUAUUGAGAUAUCGAAAGGAAUCGGUUUUGAACGUUUAUUCUAAAUCUCACUAUUUAAUAGUCAACAUAUAUAGGCCUGUAACUGCACUAAAGUGUGCAGAUGUGCACUUCUAGAACGUUUGUUGUGGAACUGGUAACAUUUUUGUUCGUUUCCGUGCUUUCACGUUACGUCACUCUGUUUUUUUUAAGACAAAUUUAAUGAAGCACAAGAAUAUUUCUGAUUGAUGAUUUUCGAGGGGUAGUAUGGGAUGUUUUAAUAAGUGUAGGUGGUGCGGUGAAUCUCAAAAAGAAAUGUUUAUCCGCAAUAUCAAAAGAAUAUUUUGCCUAAAUAAAAUGAAGCUUUUUUUUU